GGUGUGCUCAAUUCUUUUUCCUGUUUCUCCUUGGCCAGGUGGGAGAAGCUCUUCUCUCUCCGUUCCUUUUACUUUUUUCUCCUUUUUUGCCUUCUCAAAUUUUUGGCCAUUUUGGAUUGCAACAUCUUGGGGCUGCAAGGGAUCCUGCAAGUGGAAUAAUAGUAAUAAAGAAAAAGCCAGAAUAACAAUGGAAGACCAGAACUCGACAGGAUCCUUCCAAAAGAAGAGAUUGGAGGCAGGAGGGGAAGACCCCCAGGUUGCCCCCAUUGGGGCCUUGAGAGAGUUUCAGGCAGGGGCGACCCUGCGGCAAAUUAAGUCAGAGCCGGAGGAGCAGUGCUGGGAUGCCCAAUGGCAGCAGCUCCUGAAGACGAUGAAGAGCCCUCAGUCAGGCUGGAGAACUCCGCAGAUAUCCAAGUUCACGCCAGAGGAGGAUUUGAAGGACUCCCAGGCCUCGGGGAAGGCCGUAGUCGUGGGUAGCCAGUGGCCUACAAGGGAGUGUGUGGCCCGAUUCCUGCCAGGCCUCCCAGGAGAAGCCCAGGAGGCCCAUCAAACUCUGGACCUUUCCGUGAAAGUGAAGGAAGAGGUUCCGGAGAAGCAAGCUCUCAGCUUGGAGAUGCGCUGCCUACGCUUCCGGCAUUUUGGCUACCGGGAGGCCGAAAGGCCCCGGGAGGUCUUGAGGCAGCUCUGGGAGCUCUGCUGUCAGUGGCUGACACCCGAGAGGCACAGCAAGGAGCAGAUCCUGGAGCUGGUGACCCUGGAGCAGUUCCUGACCAUCCUGCCCCUGGAGAUGCAGUGCUGGGUCCGGGAACGCAACCCGGAGACUUGUGCCCAGGCUUUGGCCCUGGCGGACGAGUUCUUGCUGAGGCUGCAAGAGGCGGAGCAAGUGGGGGAAAAGCUCCCGGAGCCUUUUCAUAUAGUGACUGUUAAGUCCCCCAAAUCGGAGGAGGAUCCCUCAGAUGCUGUGGAGCUGCUUUUCCCUGCGGAGGUGGCCCGGGAGAAUGAGGAGCUUGCUAGGUUGCUGGGCAAUGCAGAAACAAAGGCAAAGGAGGGAAACCUUCCGUUGCAAAGAUCGAAGCAAGGAGAAUUCAACUCAAUACCUUUGGGGAAAGCCAGAGAGGACGACUUGCUUCAUCAUGACAAUCGAGGCUGGCUUUUGACUCAACAGGGACUAGAAACAUUCCAGCAGUCUGUGCCUUGUGAGGAAGUGGACACAAUCGUAUGUGACAGCCCUGUGAAACAGGGACCCGUUGAGGGCGAAAGAAGAAAUAUGUGCGUUGACUGUGAAAAUCUGUGCCAUAGCUUCAAUUUCCCCAAGAGUCAGAGGAUGCAAAUGGGAGAGGACCCCAACCACUGCAGUCUGUGUGGGAAAGCCUUGAGGAGCGGCCCCUCCCUCACUGCGCGCAAGGGGGCUUUCCCAGGAGAGAAACCGUACCGGUGCUCUGAGUGUGGGAAGAGCUUUGGCUGGAAAUCGUCACUCACUUCACACAAAAGGAUCCACUCGGGGGAGAAGCCAUACAGGUGCUCCGAGUGCGGGAAGAGCUUUGGAAUCAGCUCCCAGCUGGUGAGGCACAAGAGAAUCCACACAGAUCAUUUGGUUGCAAUGCCAUCGCACAAGAAGAGGAAGAUAGAUUUGGAGUGCCGCAUUUUCAAUAAGAAAUGGACGCAUGACUAUUUCUUUGUGGAGCUGAAAGGCAUGCCCGUGUGCCUCAUUUGUGGUGAGGCCCUUUCCAUCCUGAAGAAGGCCAACCUGCAGAGGCACUACAGGACGAAGCACAUCCAGUACGAGGAGUUCCAAGGGCAGCUGCGCGAGGAGAAGGUCAAGGCGCUGAAAACGGACCUGCACGCCCAGCAAGGCAUCGCCCCGGAACCAAGGAAGGAAAUGGACAGCGUGGAGCAAGCCAGCUUCGUGGUGAGCGAGCUGGUCUCCAAAAAGCUGCGCCCGCUCUCCAGAGGCGAGCUGGUGAAGGAGUGCAUUGUGGCCACCGCCGCUCUCUUGGCCCCGGAGAAGCUGAAGCUCUUUGAGAGCGUGAGCUUCUCUCGCAGGAAGGGGCCAGCUCACAGCAAGAACUCGGCUCGGGGAAUGGAGGGGUCUCUUGCAAAGGGGCCCCGGGGGCCCCGAUUACCAGAGGCGAACUUGGAAAGCCAGCUGCUAGCAGCCACGUUGUUGAUGCCGCCAGACAAAAGGAGGCUUGAAAAAGAAACACAGCCGCAAGUGUCACACUGAAAAGCCUGCUGAGUUGAAUGUUUAACAUUGUUAUAUAUAUAUAUUCUCUUCUUUAUUUUUUCUUAAGUUCAGCACCAUCAUUUUAUCGUUUGUAUGCCGCCCAUCUAAACUGCAUUGCCCUACUACUCUGGGUGGCUUCCAACAAAAUAUUAGAAACACACGAGCCCUCAAACAGUAAAAUCUUCUUCAGCUGUGAAGUUAUACAAGUUUUACAUUUUUUAUCUUGCAGAUUAUAGAAGAUGGUUCUGGAAUUGGUUGGCUCUGCUUAACACUCUGCCAAGCAAUAGGCAUCAGUCCCCACUGCUUCUGUUUGGACCCCACUCCCCACAAAAUCGAUUUUUCCAAUGGGUCACUGGCCUUUCACUUAACAAACAACGAAAGGUUCCCCACAACUAAGUGUUUAAAUGGAAGCUGGUGCCAAAGGUAGAGGCAAAUGGUUGCAGUGUAUUAACCUAUAUUGCUUGCUUAUAAUCCUUUUUUCUUCUGUGACGGACCUUCAAGCCACCGACCUGCUUGGUGAGGCAGGGAUUGGGUGAUCUUUCCUUUUUGAGGCGCAGUUUGUUCCUUUGUAUGGUCAAACAUGAAAAGUAAAAGUGAGCCAGCACGACAAAACGGUUACAGAAUAUUUACCUGGUGAAAGGCUGGCAACCUGUGGCCCCUCCAGAUGUUGUUAGAUUGCAACUCACGUCUUCCUUGGCUGUCGGCCAUCCUGGCUGGGACUCAUGGGAGCUGGAGUCCAAUGAUCUCUGAAGCGCCACAGGUUUCCCUGCGUCUAGGUCCACAAAUGCCGGGGACAAUUCAAAUCCCUCCUCAGUUGUGAAGCUCUCUGACUGAUUUAAAGCCAGUCACCAUCUUUAUGCGAAACCUACCUCGCAGGGUUGCUGCGUGCGUGAAAGCAAUAUAUCUUGCAGUGGCCUUGAUGAGGGAAGUAUGCAAGAGAAAUGUACUUCAUAGGUAAAAAGACAGGAAAUAGUUCUGAAUCUGAUUGAAAAGGAAGUAUUUGUCUCCAAAUAGCAUAUAGCUGGGGCCCAAGUGUUGUUGAACUCCAGUGGAAGUCUCAGCAUCUGGUUCCACAGCCCUCUUCACUCUCUCAUUGUAAACCUCCAGGUGACAGGAACCAGCCAAUGCCUUAUAGUUAAGAAACAGACUGCCAGGAGCUGAGAUUGCAAGUCGCCAAUCUGGGAAAUUUAGGCGAGCAUCAACAUUGGUUUCCAUGUUUAUGAAUGUUGAUUUGGAUCAAAUCGUCUGAGGUGUGGAAAUAUUAGGGGAAAUAUCUGCUUGGGAUAGUUUUGACAGCAAUUAGAGGAACUGGGAAUAUUUCUAGGUCCAUCAGCAAAUAGCUAGAGAGGAUUAAGGUUUGUGUUGCUGGGGUGUGGGAGGAAUUAGGCCUUGUUUCUUGUGUGACAGAUAAAGCGAUUCCAUAGUUCUUAAGGGUGAAAGUUUGCUGCCUGUCAAAAUGAUGGUUGAGCCUUUUUUUCCUUUCAAAAAACCAAACCAAACCAACCCAAACAUGGCAGCUGGUCUACUCAAGCAGGAAAAUAUAAGGUUCAUUUGUGAAGUUACCUGUUUCGCUCUGAGCUUUGUUUACAUCUGUCCUUUUUAGCAAACAAAUCCACGUAAUUGUUGGUGGCUGUUAUGUUCUUGUCAAAUAGAACUAAUUAAAAGUUUUUACUGUUAAAAAAA